GAAAUUUGGCAGUCGAUCGGAUUUGUGGCUCGCGGAGCUGGACCAGCCGCCGCGGUUUUAAAAGGAGGGACCGCAACCAACCACCUCGCCAUCGACCUCCUCGAUCCAGACAGCAGGCAGCAGCCAUGUCCAAGGUCUUCACCCUCGACGCGGUCGCCAAGCACAACUCCAAGGAGGAUUGCUGGCUCAUCAUCGGCGGCAAGGUGUAUGAUGUGACGAAGUUUUUGGUAGACCACCCAGGAGGUGAUGAUGUUCUGUUGUCCUCAACUGGCAAGGAUGCGACUGAUGAUUUCGAGGAUGUCGGUCACAGCAACACUGCCCGCGCGAUGAUGGAUGAGUACUUGGUGGGUGAAAUCGACGCGUCGACGAUCCCUUCCAGGACGAAGUAUGUCCCCCCGAAACAACCGCACUACAACCAGGACAAGACUCCCGAGUUUGUCAUCAAGAUCCUCCAGUUUUUGGUUCCCCUGGCAAUCCUGGGCUUGGCUGUUGCCGUUAGGAUGUACACCAAGUCGGAGUCUGCUUAGCUUUGUUGCCCACUUGCCCUUGCCCCCCUCGCGAUUGUACGAGUCGAACUUGUCGAAUAAGCUAGCAAGAGUUUUGUGAGGUUUUAUUACAUGUGUAACUUGUCACGAAAUUCAUCGAAUGUUCUGAGCUGCUGUGGGUUCUGUGGUUUAAAGUGUGAUCGGAAUGCAUCUUACUGGACUAAUUGUCAUCUCAGUUGAGCAAGGAAGUCUGAUUGUUUGAAACCA